AUGAUUUGGGAAUGGGACGGGCUAAACGAUGCCUCUGCUGGAGUUAGUAAACCUGGGAAUAUUUUAAAUAGUGGAAAUUUCUUUAGUACAGGAAAAGCUGGCAACGAUGGUCAAACAGGAAUUUCCAGGAGUAGGAAUGAGGUUCCUGAGGGUUCAAUGUUAAGCACUGGGAAGGCUUCUGGAAACUUAAUGAACUACAAUAACUACCCUCCCCAAGUGGAAAUCCCCAAUCAGGAGCCAGAAAAUGUCUAUAGAGAUGAUGAUGACAUUAAGGGACCACUAUCAAACCAUCCACUUACGGACCUGGAGAUCGGGAUGUAUGCAUUACUGGGAGUCUUUUGCUUGGCUAUCAUAGUAUUUAUGGUAAACUGUGUGUCAUACUUGGUUAAAUUUAGGCACAAGCAGACACCUGGUCAAGUUUCUGAGCAGACUGGUCACCGGCAUGACUGGGUAUGGCUGGGAACAGAUGCUGAGCUGGUUAUGAAUGUCACUGGAAGCCCAUUACAGCAGGAUGCUCAUAAUACGUCUGUGAUCGACAUAGGACCCAAUAUGGAGCCUUGUGGCACUCUCACUCGAAGGACCUCUUGUCAGGUGUCUUCUGCAUCAAAUGACUCUAAUGUUUCAUGUGUAGGAUCCCCUAAAGCAAAACCAGUCCGAAGUGAAUCCCUACAUUCACCUACUAGUAAGAGGAAAAGGGUCCAGUUCACCACCUUCACAUCCUUGGAUCUGCAAACUCCUCCCAAAACUUUACCACAAGAGAAUGGACAUGGAAUUAACUGGGUGGGAAAGGAAGACAGUUGUAUGACACCUGAGGUGCCAGCUGCUGAGUCUUUGCAACAGUUAUGA